UGAAAGACUAUCUGCCGUCCCCCAAGCUGACCCACAAGAGAGCGUUCAGCGACGACGUCUCGCAGGUCAGCCCGGUCCUGGAGCCCAAAGCAACCCAAAGCCUGACGCCAAAGAACGACCCCGUGUCCCGUUCUUCCCUCUGCAUCAACGGGAGCCACGUUUACAGCGACGAGCCAGCCCCGAAGAGCCCCGCGCUGGUCCCGCCCGGCUCUGCCCCACUGCCCGUGCCCGCCGUGCCCAGGAGGCAGGACGAGGGGUUCGGCUUCGCCCCGCUCCACCCCGACCCCCACGAGGCGCCCUGGGGGCUCGGCGGCUUCGAGAGGCCUCAGCAGAGGGACGAGCCGAGGUUCAUCCCGUCUCCUCCCAGCUUAGCCCUGCAGGAAGAGCUCAAGGUCUCCACCAAGGCCGUCACCCUCAGCAACCACCUGGGCAGGGCCAGGAUGGAGGAGAGCAGCCGCCUGGAGAACAAGCCCGGCCAAGCCGCGGCGCCCGCGGGCUUCUCCUCGGACAAACAGCCCGAGGAGGCGAGGAAGGAAGAGAAGAAACCGAAAGGUGGCUUCUUCCACCACGGGGGCAACCGGAGCGAGACGGGGAGCAAAGGCCAGGGGGAGAAAGCGGGACCCCUCGUCCAGGCCGCGGCGGCGGGAGACGAGAGGAGUAAGAGCAGCGGCUGGUUUGGUUCAAAGGAGCCCAAAGAUUCCCCUCAGAAACCCAGGUCAGUGGAAGGGGGGGGUGUGGAGAUAUCCAGGCU